CCUUGUCCAAGAAUAUUAAAAGCCCGCGCGCUGAAUAUUCGCUGUCCAGUCCAUAUACCCUUGACUGAUGAAUAGAACAAAAUGGCGGAUAUCUGGCAUUUUACAAGCGCCGUAACCCGACAGUGCAAGCAAAUGUAAUAGGUACGAUAGUUGCGGAACCCUGUAUGUGUACAUACGCGAUGGUUAUCUCCCACAAGAAUAUAUGAACUAGUCAUAACUUCAAUUACAGGUAUUUGAUAAACGUAUAUGCCGGAGAAGGCAAGGAAGCAUUGCUCAGAUAAGAGAAUCGGGUUACAUAAAGAUAACAAGCGAUAGCUACCCAAAGACUUGACUGGAAAUAUGCAGAUAUCAUGACAUCAGUUAGAGAAACGGGAUUUAUAAAUUCGCAGCCGAGUUUGGCGGAGUGUCUGACGCUUCUUCCGCCGGCAGUUCCACAAAUUAAAAACGGCGGAGACGACUCUAACAACAGGGGUCAAGACUAUGAGAAUAGUUCUUCCACUUCAAACUCCUCAAAUCAAGAAAGUUUUCCCGAAAGUGACGCCGCUGAAAAUUCAACUUCACAAGUAUCGAAUAUAAAUACUUCAAAAUCAGAAAGUGAAUACAUACGGACAAACAAACCUUGUGAAAUGCAGAAGCUAUCUCCGACUUCGUUCGCGGAUUCGGGGGAAACGCCGAACAACUACCACGCACUGAGUAACUCGUUUCAGGCACGAGCGAAUAUUGCGGACAAAGUCACCAUGCCAAAUGAUGCCAACGAUAUUUCCCCUCGGAGAGAGUAUCCUUUAUCUUUAAAUGGUCCGCAUCAUCCAGUAUGCUACGACAGGACAAUGUCAAAUCAUGGCAAUAAACUUCCCAUAUCUGAUUAUCCAUAUCAAGGAUAUGGUGGGCCGGACGAUGUACCUCCAAAUGGUGUAAACAUUAUGCCAGGCUCAAGAAAUAUACUAUUGCCAAAUGGAACUAAACCAAAUCAGGCGGAACAAGAAUAUAUAUCACGAUCACAGUACUACACUAAUGAGCCGAAUCACCAUAUGUCGCAGAAUAAUGGAAACAAUCCAAUGAGAUAUAUGGCGCAAGGUCAUUGUGACUCAAGCAUGUCUAGUGAACAAUUUGCCAACAAUAUGAAUCCCCCAGGAAUGUACAGCGAUCCGUCUAUGGGUCCUCAUUAUGGUAAUAUGGAACAACCUCCAACCAGUAGCAUGUUUUCAGAUUAUCCAUCCUAUCUCAACAAUAGGCACCCGGAUUAUCCGUGGAUGAGAGAAAAGAAAGCUGGAAAGAAACAACAGGAGACGAGAAGAGUUCGACCACCAGGAACAUCCAGGCGACUGAGAACAGCCUAUACCAACACACAGUUGUUAGAAUUAGAAAAAGAAUUUCACUACAACAAGUACUUAUGCAGACCACGAAGAAUUGAAAUUGCAACAUUGUUGGAUCUCACUGAGAGGCAAGUAAAGGUCUGGUUUCAAAAUCGUCGAAUGAAACACAAACGCCAACAACAACAGAAUAAAUCUGACGACAAUAAAGACGAAAAAGACAGUGAUAGCGACUACAGCGACGAUACAGCUGGAGAUAACUCAGAGGCGGACGAUGACAACAAAGUUUGUGAGGAGAACAGCGGCGGCGACGAUUCAAUGACAACGGAACGACAAAUGAAUGAGGAAGAUGCCUCAGUUCCGCCCACGAAACGAUCAAAUAAAAAGCAAAAGAAUAAAAGUAAUUUGACAAAAAAGACGAAACGAAAAUCAGAUGAUGACUGUUCAGGUGAAUUACGAAUGAUAAGAAAGCCAAAAAAUAAAGUGAUGAAGUCGAAGUGUCCUUCUGACACCGAUAAUACGUCCAUCACAUCAUUGAAUGAACCAUCCGAAGAAAAGGACAAACUCAAUGAAAUGAAACCAUACGUAAACGGCAAUAGCCCUCCAGGGUCUAUUGACGACAACAAUAUCGUUGGUGUAUCAAAAGAUGAUGUAAAAGGAUCAAAUUCAGAAUAUGAUGAAACGGCAGUUGGUACAAAUCAAGCACAUAAUCCCGAAUUUGGUGAUAUUCAAGCAGCAUCAGAAUCGAAACAAAGAGAAGAAGAAAUCAGUAAUUCUAACAGCAUUGCAUUUUCGGAGCUAGGAGAUACGCAGAAUGAUGUUCCCAGAUCAUCUCCAAACUAUGGUGCAACGCCUCAGUCGAUGUAUUUUAAACGUGGACGAAGUGCGAGUUUUUCAUCUUCCCAAGAAAUGAAAUCGGACAGGUUUGGCGAGGCUCUCAAUCCAAAUAUCGCUACGAAUAGGAGUCCGCCAAACAAAAUGUCACCAAUUUUUGAAAAUAUCAAUGAAUCCUACCUACUUCCAUUUGUGAAUGGUUGUAAUUCUAGGGCCAACACAGGUGAAUCACUCGAAGACCGCCUUCAUCGUUCAAAAAAAUAUCCUGGUGCUAUGGGCGAAAUGAUUGAUUACAAUGAAAAGAACCAAUUUAGGGGGCCGAUACCAGUCGAUAGAUCGUUAUCCGUUCCCGAACUUCUGUCUUUCGAUCAUGGUAUAAGAACGAUGCAAUCUCCCGUAUCGUUGCCAUCUUCAGGUUUUCAAGGUCUUUCGCAGUUUCAAGGCCAACCACCUAAGAUGUACGCUUCAAAUGGAGAUGAUUAUAACAGUAGGCAAAUGAUGGAGAUCAAUUACCGAAAUGGUAACCCUUCUACUGCUCGACCUCACCAUACGUACUUUAAUAACAUGCCAAGGCACGCGGCUCCGUUGAAUGACUAUCAAGGUUUAGAAAGCAAGAUAAAUCAAGCUUCCUUAUCGCCGUACUUUCGCCAAAUGAGGCAUGACUACUACCCUCCUCCCAACGCACCACAUAUUGAUAUCAACAGGCGCAAAUCGGGAUGUUUUCCUUCCCCUGGAGGUAUUUGGCCAACUAAGUCAAAUUCAAUAAUGCGGAAAUUUGACUUGAAGUCUGGCAACCGCAGUCAAUUUUCUCCGGAAUCAAACCCAACAACGCACAACAAGUAUUUGGGACAGGAAUUUUAUUCUCUCAAUUCUAUGGAAUCUCGACACGUAGAUGACGAUUACAGCAAUCCACACUAUAAAUUUCAAGCCCGUGCAAUUGCCAGGGUCGACAUUGCUCAAACAGCAGGAUUGUUGAGUAGUACUCAAAAAGUGCUGGACAUGUAAACAGUUUAAAUAUUGUUGCAGCUUAUUUUAAAAUGCGAUAUAUUGAAAAACUAUUUGUUGAAAUAACCCAUUAUUUCAUUGCAUGUUUUGUUGAAUUUGCGUCACCUCAUAUUUUUCAAAUAUUGAGAUAAAAACUAUAAAGAGAGAUGCAGUAAAGCGUGUCUCAGCCUGUUCUAAGUUUCAUUGAUUCGCCAAGUUAUUUAAUAACGAUGGAUUUAUACUAUCUAUGACAUAUUUUGUUUUAUACCUAACGAAAUGUAAAACAGUCGGUUUGAAACUUUUAAAUAUUUGAAAACCACUAGAACAGUACUUAUGUGAAUAUUCGUGUAUGCUUUCUCAUGUCAUUAUUCCAUGCAUUAGCACAUUUCAUCAGUUUAUAUUAUUUUGUAAUCAUAUUUUAUGUCGCAUGCCAUCUGGUGGCAAUAUUGAUGCAUUCAGAGAUUGUUUCAGUAACUUUUGUUUGACAUACUACCAUUUCACUUUAUAUUUAAGCUUUUAAU